GAGAGUCGACUCAGUCGAGACGCCCACUAGGAUCAAUAUUUCCUUACGUAAUAAAAAAGUCUCUUCGAGGUUUACAUCCAUGGUGGAUUCAAGAUCAUCGGUGACCUUCAGUGGACACCAAUAUUUACGACAACGUCUAGUGCUCUCCAUUCUCACCGGAAAGCAUGUCCGAAUUGACAAAAUUCGUUCCGAGGACAAAAAUCCGGGUCUGAGAGACUACGAAGUGAGCCUCCUGCGGCUGUUGGAAAAAGUUACUAAUGGGUCCUCCUUUGAAAUCUCUGUGACCGGUACCGCUGUGCUUCUCAAACCAGGAGUCGUGUCCGGCGGUCCUAUCAUUCAUGAUUGUCCACUAUCACGUUCAAUAGGUUAUUUUCUGGAGCCGCUGAUCAUGAUCGCGCCCUUUUCGAAGAAGCCGUUUCAGUUGACUUUGCGAGGUAUAACAUCAGAUGACAAUGAUCUUUCUGUUGACCUCAUCCGUACUGUGACACUACCCCAUCUCCAACUUUUCGGUAUCUCUGAUGGAUUAGAGCUUCGGAUAAAGAAACGUGGCGCCCCUCCAGAAGGUGGAGGGGAAGUGCAGUUUCUCUGUCCUAUUGUUAAAGAAGUAAAAACUCUGAACUUCGUUGAUCCUGGAAAGAUCAAACGAAUCCGAGGCAUUGCACAUGCCGUCCGUGUUAACCCGCAAUUCUCUAAUCGCAUGAUCGAUGCAUCACGUUCGGUUCUCAAUCGCUUCAUCCCUGAUAUCUACCUGUACUCUGACGUCUACAAAGGAGAUGAAAGCGGAAAGUCGCCGGGGUAUGCACUAAGCUUACUCGCGGAGUCCACUACGUCUGCCAUACACUGUUCUGAAGCCGUAUCCACGCCAGGUGAAACUCCGGAAGAUAUAGCUCUGUUGGCAACUAGGGCACUUUUGUCAGAAAUUAGACACGGAGGAUGUGUUGAUAGAAAACAUCAAUCUCUAGUCCUGUUGAUGAUGGUACUAGGUAGUGAAGACGUCGGUCGAUGUAGGAUGGGAGAGCCCUCCGUUAGAACCAUUCAAUUUCUCCGUGAUAUCAAGAUCUUCUUUGGCACCGUCUUCAACAUCGCACCCGCAGAUCCUGCAGAUUCUUCCAACACGGAGUUGCUUUACUCGUGCCUUGGGACUGGCUACGUGAACGUGAACCGGACAUUGGGGUAGCAAGUUGUCCAGCAAAAGUAUAUGUAUUUAUGCUUCACAAGUGUUUACGGUGCGCCGCCAACACUGUGCCCGUUGUUUGUUUCCAAGUGUAACAAACUCGCAUUUUGAAUAGUAUUGGUCGGCAAAUCGGCUUGGGUAGCUUCUAGUUGUCAAAAACAACUACAUACUAAUAUGUUUACAACAAUAGUUAUGCCGGAAGAGUAUCCAAUAAAAGAGCCACGAGAGCGACGAAAGCUGACGCUGAGGUACACGCUAGGACGAGGGCGCCGAUCCAGGCAGCCUUGGCCAGUGCAGCUUGGGCUGUGGUUUCGAUGAUCGUAACGUAUGCAGCAGCCCUUCCCCUACUAAUCAUACUGGAAUUGCAGAAGCAUGUAUCGUAGAAGCCGGAAUAUUGAAUAAUACACGUCAAGGUCACCCAGAUGGUAUUUGCAAUGGCC